AUGAAUUUUUCGAUAGAAUUAAUUACUUUAAUUCUACUAAAAUUAUUGACAAUUUAUGGAUUAAGUAUACUUCAAGAAAUGAAUAAAGUUUAUGCACCAUUUAGUGAAAAUCCCACAUCGACAGCUACUAUCAGUCAAAUUGGUCAUGGUCUCCCAACUGCGGAUAAAACAAAUUUAUGCUCACCAGAUAGCCCAAUCACGCAUACAUCUGUUGGAAUCUACUGUGGUAUACGUGAAAUUGUUCAUUGGCCAAGUGGACCAGCAUCAAUGGUUGAUAUUUAUCAUGGAAUACGUUAUGCUCAAUCGCCUACUGGACCAUUACGUUUCAAAAAGCCUGUUGAACCGACUCCGCAGCCGAAGAAAGUUUUUAUGGCUGACAAAUUACCACCUUCAUGUCCACAACCAGUGGACACAAUGUUUCAGGUAAGUAUUAGGCGAUAA